AUGCGGAAGUAGUGCGCUCUACUGAGUCACCGUUCGUUGUGUCAGCUGAUUCUUUCACAAUUGUGUGUCUCGUGAGCUGUCACUGAGUUGAGAGACGCGUCGCGGUGAGGAGAGCUAUAGCCGAGACUAAAUCACAGCACUUCUGCUGAGAAAAUGGGUGAGGAGGGGCCGCCCAGCCUGGAGUACAUUCAGGCCCGGGACCUGUUCCCCCAGAAAGAGUGUCAUUUCUCGACGUUCAAGCAGUGUGAGGAGUGGCUGAAGCGCUUGAACAGAGCCAUAGCGCAUCCGGCCCGUCUGGAGGAGCUGUUCGCGCUGGCGUUUCACGCCUGGUGUUUAGGAGGAAACACGGACGAUGAAGACCAGCACCUGCACCUCUGCAGACCAGGUGAUCACGUGCGGCACAGGAUGGAGGUGGAGGUGAAGCGGAUGGGAUUUGACAUGCAGAACGCCUGGAGAGUGUCUGAUAUCAACAACAACUACAAGUUGUGUUCGAGUUACCCACAAAAACUGCUGGUGCCCGUCUGGAUCACAGAUAAGGAGCUGGAGAGCGUGGCCUCCUUCAGGUCCUGGAAGAGGAUUCCUGUGGUGGUGUACAGGCACCAGCGUAACGGGGCGGUCAUCGCCCGCUGCAGUCAGCCGGAGAUCAGCUGGUGGGGCUGGAGGAACACCGAGGACGAGUAUCUGGUGACGUCUAUAGCGAAGGCCUGUCAGCUGGACGCCGGGCCGAGGGCCUGCAGGACCAGAGGAGACGGACCCGACUCGUCCGACAGUGACUUUGACUCGUCUCUGACGGGUUGUCCCACUCCUGAUGCCAGCAGUGCAGCACAGAAAUUACUGAUUCUGGAUGCCCGUUCUUACACCGCCGCCGUGGCGAAUCGUGCCAAAGGAGGAGGCUGCGAGUGUGAAGAGUACUAUCCCAACUGUGAGGUGAUGUUUAUGGGCAUGGCCAAUAUCCACUCCAUCAGAAACAGCUUUCAGUCACUCAGAGCCGUUUGCAGUCAGAUCCCGGAUCCUGGCAACUGGCUCUCGGCUCUGGAAAGCACCCGUUGGCUGCAGCACCUGUCUGUCAUGCUGAAGGCCGCGUCUCUGGUGUGCUCUGCGGUGGAGCGGGAGGGAAGGCCGGUGCUGGUGCAUUGCUCAGACGGCUGGGACCGCACGCCGCAGAUCGUGGCCCUCGCAAAGAUCCUUCUGGAUCCCUUCUACAGGACCAUAGAGGGUUUUCAGGUGCUGGUGGAGACGGAGGUCAAAGACAUGAAGCUGGUUCAGCACACAUACUCCUGUCUGUACGGUACGUUCCUGUGCAAUAACGCGAAAGAGCGCGAGGCCCGUAACGUCUAUAAACGCACCUGCUCCAUCUGGUCGCUCCUGCGCAACGGCAACAAGAACUUCCAGAACUUCCUCUACAUCCCCUGCCAUGAUAUGGUUUUGCAGCCGGUCUGUCACACGCGAGCGCUGCAGCUGUGGACGGCUGUGUAUCUGCCGUCGUCCUCGCCGUGCACCGCGGCUGAAGAUGCCAUGGAGAUCUACCUGAGCCCUUCGGCCGGAGGAGAGGAGUUCAGCUCGCGCUCCCUCGACAGGCUCCCCAAAACACGCUCGAUGGACAACUUGGUGUCUGCUUGUGAGAACGGCGUGACGCUUACCCGCACCUCGAGUGACCCCAACCUGAACAAGCACUGCCAGGAGUCCAACCAACCCGCGGCCAUCCAGAGCUCCGCUUCGUCCGAGGACCCGCCUGAGCCGGGGUGUGAGGAAACCAGCUCUUCAAUAUCUCGUGAGGACGAUUUAGGGGUGGAGCCUUGUUUGACAACCCAGCCCCUUCCAUCUUUGCCCCACCCCUUAGCGGUAGACCAAGCCCCGCCCCUUCUGGUCACAAACCAAGCUCCGCCUCAAAUCCCAAUUAGCUCACCACAGGAAAUCAGGACUGCAGAAAACACAAAUCCACCUCCUCUUUGUAACGGCUUCGCACACGUAGAAAACGCUAGCGGAUCUGCGAACUCUGAAGCCAUUGCGCCAAUGGAGGCGUCAGUGGAGACGCUAACGGAGCAAAGCGCAAUCCCUCCUUCUAGGAAAGCCAUUGACCUCCCGAUACGAAACGGUGAACUGGUUCCCGCCAGAGAACGACCACCACCCGCCGACUACGCCAAAGCAGCCCGCCGUUUGAUUUCCCAAAGCCAGCUGACGGAGCUAUCGCUGCUAGGCUCCCAAUGGGACAGCGUCCAAGGCCUGGUCCAGUCGGCCUGCGGCGGCGCCAUCCAACAUGGUAGCUAUCACAGCCGCCGCCUGGCGAACAAGCUCCUCCGUGCCCAAGCCGGAAGCGCUAACGGCGGGCCGUGUUGCCGCCGAGACCCUCUGCGCGCUCCUGGAAGCCCCAUCCAGUCGGGCUGGUUCUCUGCGGUGAGGAACUCCAGCUAUGCCGCACUUUGUUCCUCGGCGGCGUCUUCGCUAGCAAUGGGACCGUCCUUCCGGCAGCUGCUCCCGUCCCAUUCCUCGCCGUCCUCCAGCGGCUCUCCGGCUCCGGCGUACCUGGACGACGACGGCCUGCCGGUGGCAGUGGACGCGGUGCAGCAGCGGCUGCGGCAGAUCGAGGCCAGCUACAAGCAGGAGGUGGAGGUGUUGAGGCGGCAGGUUCGACAGCUGCAGCUCAAACUGGAGAGCAAGCAGUUCUGCACGCCGCCCUCCGAACCCGACGUCGACUACGAGGACGAUAUUACGUGUCUGCGGGAGUCAGACGGCAGCGACGAGGAAGACUCUCUGUCCAGUCACAGCGAGGACCGCUUGAGCGAGGGCAGCUGGGACCGUGUGGAGAGGAAGGACACAGAGGUCACCAGAUGGGUGCCGGAUCACAUGGCCUCUCACUGCUUCAACUGCGACUGUGAGUUCUGGAUUGCCAAGAGACGCCAUCACUGCAGGAACUGUGGGAACGUGUUUUGUAAGGACUGCUGUCACCUGAAGCUGCCCAUCCCAGACCAGCAGCUGUACGACCCGGUUCUGGUGUGCAACACCUGCCACGACCUGCUGCUGGAGUCCCGCACGCGAGAGCUGCGCUCGCAACAGCUGAAGAAAGCCAUCGCCACCGCCUCCAGCUGAGACGGCCAAUCACAGCGCGCCACACACACACCGGCGUCCAAUCACACGCCCGUCUUUUAGAGCAAGAAAGAAGUCUUUUAGAGCUCUCUCCUCUGGAGUCCGGAUCGGCUCUGAGACUGAUCCACACGAGGAACGGGACGGAUCAACUCCAAACACGAGUGCGGUUUGCUACGGAGGGGCGAUUUUAUCACUGCAAGUGAACUCCAAGCUUCUCUGGUUGAGGACAGAAACCGGACCCAAAGGAUCCUUGGGUUCCAAAGAGAGACGUUUCUUUGUCUGGAAAUCACCACACGGCCCGUAUGCAUCACACACAUCCAGAGGCUCUCUAUUUAAAACCAACCAAGCUGCUACAGUAUUUAAAAACGAAAAAUUCUACUUUUGUAUCCUUAUUAUUUUGUGCACUACGGAGGGGGAUUGAGACCAAAACGGGGAGAUCUGCAGCAGUUCGUCUGCUGAUAUGGAGCUUGAAUGUACGGCUGUUUGGUUUAUUUUGAUUUUUCAGAAACUGGAGGGAGGAACUGAAUUUAAGCUGCCAGUUUGCAUUGAUUUGAUGGCAGUUUUGUGCAGUUUUUGUUUUUCAGCCACUCACGUCAAAACUGCGCUUUCGCUGAAAUGUGAAAUGGUUUCACUCUCGACUUUAAAUGCCAAACUCAAAUUCCAACAUAUCAGUAAUAUAUAAACAGAAGCACUCCUAAAUUCAUGUUUCAUCUGGCUGGUUGUGUUUUGUAGCAGGAAAAGCAAGAAAAAAUCCGAGCAAGCUGAACAUUUAUGCUGUAUGUUGUUGUGUACAUUAUGGUAAAACUAUAGCCAUGUUGCACUGCUCCGUCUACUUUAUCCAGAAUACUAGUGUACUAGUUUCUUUUCUAUGACUUCAUCUGAACAAACCAACGACGAUAAUUAAAAUGACAAUCUGAAACAGGUGAAUCAUUGGAAACUGGUGGCGAUUUAAAGGACUUUUGUAUUGGAGGGUUUGACCGCUUCGCUGCUGUCCACUCACGUUCUCAACAUGUUCAAAACAAGUGCUAUGAUUUCUUUUUCACGUCGUCCGCGUCUUCAGGCCCUACGUUGAUUGUGUAUUGUAAUGUUGGUGAACCUCUCAACAGUGCCAUGUGUUUGAUUUUCUUAUGGAUUCACUUUAACAUGUUGGAUGGUACGAUAGCUAGAGGCUUAACAAUCAGAGGAUGAUUUGUUGAGAAUCGAUGAGGUUAAAAACACUGAGAACCGCUUUGAUUUUGUCUGAUGGGUUUAAUUUUUCUUCUCCGUGGUGUUGAUGAAGGACACAUUUCGAGUUAAAUGCAUUGAAAAGGAACCCAGAAAUGUGAUAUAUUAUAUAGUUAUUUGGUCUGUAAUAGUGGCUAAAAUUUGUCACUUAGUGAAUAAUUGUUGUAAAGAAAUGCACUGUACAAGUUCAAUCCCAUGGGUUAAAUAAAAAGAUAUGUCUUUAU